AAACCUGCUCGGCAAAUGACGCCUGCUCCUAUGAUGAUAGUUAAAGAGAUGUGUGAAAAUUUCGUAACAAGUUUUGUCGAUCGUAAUAUUCAGAAUACAAUACCAGAUAAACUAAUUCACGAUAGGUCCUGGAAAGAAUCGGAAGAAAAAAUCGCAGAUGUUAUAAAAGAAGUUUUAAUUCUUCUGGAAGAUAUUUGGAUUAACCCAGCUUUUAAUUCCGAGCUUGCAAAAUCACUAAAUGAAGGAACCUAUCAAUCAACA